UGUGUGUGUGUGUGUGUGUAUGUGUGUGUGUCUCCCUCUCAACAUAAAGGCGACGUUCAGGGGCUAAAACUUGCAAUUCAUGGCGUGGAGGAUCCCAGCGGGCCGCCGCAGCCCUCUGAUCUCUGAGCGGUUUCAUGGUGGAUAAGAGGCAGAUCAUGGUCUAAACCUAGUUAUCAUCGAGCCGAAGAAAGAAAGAAAAAAGAAAAAAACCUCGUCUAGCAGCUCGAGUGCUGUCCUCUUUUUUUUUUUUUUAUCCCCUCCUUCUCUGUCUCAUUUUUCCUCUGCUCGGUGAAAACUGACACAACAUUAGCGAGUUUUCUCUCUGUGGUUUUGGAUGGCAGAUCUAGGCUAAUUGCUCUGCGUGUUUUUUUUUUUUUUUUAGCAGCCAGACAGUAUUAAGAGAAAAAGAAACAAGAGUCGAUACUGUAGCGAUUCAAAUGCCUUCAACUUUGUGCGAGAGGGACAACCCCUAAACCCCGUUUUUACACGCGGGACAGACACACAGACAUCUCCGUCAUCUUCCUCUUCAUGAGAAGGACGCGUCGCGGCGAAAGGUGAUCAGAAAACCGACGGAGACCAUGGCAGCUACUUUAUCGGUGGAGGAAGAACAGGCUACCAGGCAGUUUCUGGAGGAAAUCAACAAGUGGACCAGUCAGCAUGGUGUGUCACCGCUGUCCAGGGAAUUGGCCGUCAAGUUCCUCAUGGCUCGCAAGUUUGAUGUCCUCCGGGCGAUUGAGCUUUUCCACAGCUACAGGGAAACACGUCUGAAAGAAGGAAUAGUCCGACUUCAGCCGCAGGAAGAACCUCUGCGCUCGGAGCUGCUCAGUGGAAAGUUCACUGUAUUGAGUGUCCGGGACCCCUCAGGCGCCUCCAUCGCCUUGUACACGGCUAAGCUUCAUCACCCAAACAAGACAGGGAACCAUGUGGUGCUUCAGGCCCUCUUCUACCUCCUGGAUCGGGCCGUGGAAAGCUUCGAGACCCAGAGGAAUGGCUUGGUGUUCAUCUACGACAUGGCCGGCUCCAACUACACAAACUUUGAGCUUGACCUGAGCAAGAAGAUCCUCAACCUUCUAAAGGGGGCGUUCCCAGCCAGGCUGAAGAAGGUGUUGAUUGUCGGGGCCCCUGUGUGGUUUCGAGUGCCCUACAAUCUGCUCAGCCUGCUGCUCAAGGAGAAACUGAGAGAGAGGGUUCAAAUGGUGAAAAUGGCCGAUCUGCGGCAACACCUCCCCAGAGACUGUCUCCCCCAGCACCUCGGGGGCCUGCUGCCUCUCGAGUCAUUCAGCUGGAAUCAGCAGCUGCUGGCGGGUCAGAACGGCCGGGUCGACCCGGUGGACGAGCUGGUGGGCAUCCCUAUCGAAGAUGCCUCCAUUCACAUGCCCGGUCCAGAGUCCAUGCGCCCACAGGAGCUGCUGACACACCUUGGGAGGCUGCAGCGCUCAGGCAUUCAUUUAGAGUAUGAGGAGCUCCGUAAAGAACCUCCGACCGGAACCUUUCACUGUGCACAAUCUGUCUACAAUCAGGAGAGGAAUCGCUAUGGAGACGUGCUGUGCCUUGAUCAAACUAGAGUUCGUUUGAAACCCAGAAGAAACGAGAGAUCUGACUACAUCAAUGCAAGCUUCAUGGACGGCUACAAACAGAGGAGUGCAUACAUAGGUACUCAAGGACCACUGGAAAAGACCUACAGUGAUUUCUGGAGAAUGGUCUGGGAACAAAACGUUCUUGUUGUUGUCAUGACAACCAGGACAGAAGAGGGUAGUCGGAGGAAGUGUGGACAGUACUGGCCUCUGGAGGAAGGGGGACAGGAGGUCUAUGGCCACAUGGCAGUGGUUAACCAGAGAGUCGACCACCACACCCACUACAACCACACCACCCUCGAACUACACAACACUGAGACAUGUGAACAGAGACAAGUGAGUCAUUUCCAGUACCUCAGCUGGCCUGACUACGGGGUCCCCACCUCAGCAGUGACUCUCAUCGACUUCCUGGGAGCUGUGAAGAGACAACAAAGGAAAAUGGUGAAGGCUUUGGGACUUCAGUGGACAGGACACCCAAUGGGACCCCCAAUGGUGGUCCACUGCAGUGCAGGGAUUGGGAGAACAGGUACCUUCUGUGCCUUGGACAUCAGUCUGUCCCAGCUCGCGGACGUAGGCUCACUAAACGUAUGCCAGACGGUGCGGCGCAUGAGAACACAGAGAGCCUUCAGCAUUCAAACCCCGGACCAGUACUACUUCUGCUACAAUGCCAUUUUGGAGCACGCUCAAAGGCAGGGUCUCCUCCCAUCCAAUCAGUGAGCUUUAGCCCUGAUUUACCAUCCCCAAUCCAUGAAUCCUGAGAUUUCUGCAGUCUGUUAACCCCAAGCCGCGUUGUGUGUGACCAAUGAGUGAGAGCAGAAGAGCUCACAUCUUCACAGAGGCUGUCUUUUAGAAGAAGGAAAGUCUUUAUUUGCAAGCCAGACCAAGACAGGACCGUGACAAGAACAGGCUUAAGUGUUGACAUCAUGGUGUUUCAAUGUUAAACAUUCCCAACUAUGUGAUGUUUGUUUUUUUUACUGAACAUAUCUCAGAAAAUAUGGGGAAUAUACUGCUCGUCUGUUGUCUGGGGUCAGGUGGAUUGGGAGACGUGAUUGAGAUAAUGUUCAUUAACUUCUGUUUAUUUAUUUGCCACUUUAAAGCAACAGUUUAGGUAACCUUAAAGGAGUAGCUCACCCUAAAAUUAAAGUAAUUGACUCAACCCAUGUCACUUGAAAAUUCAAUUCAUCAAAGUUUUUAUCACUGCAAAAUUGGACUUGAAUUGACUUCAAAUUGUAUUUCUGUUAAAUCAGCCCUACUUCUAUUUGUAUGUGGCCAUUUUGAUGCAAAAAAAGCCAGUCUCCCCUCAGCUGCUAUACAAAACAAAGAAGCCAAAAGAGGUCCACAUGGGUAAAAAUUAGAGGCCGACCGUUUAAUCCGCCAGCCGAUAAAAGCAUAUCCGGUGACUAUUGGUAUUGGCUUAUUUUAUUGCAGACGUGCCGAUAUUACUAUAUUUAGUCGUCUGUCAAAGAGCAUUGCGUUUGAGUAUCAUUUCACCAGCAGAGGGCGCUAUUUGGAUUACAACAAGGGAUAAGCGGCUACGCACGUACAUGCAGUUACUUUCCAGUGGAGUGACCAUCUUGUCUUCGUUAUAUAUCUUUUCCACAAGUGUUUGAUAACUGCAAUUGAGGGAUCAACACAAUAAGUGUGUUUAUUUAUAUCUAUAUGUCUCUACUGAACGAACAGAGUAUCGGCCCCAAAAACACAUAUCAGUUGGGCCCUAGUAAAAAUAUUUAGACAAUAUCACCAGUCAGGUACAUAAAGAGCAAAAAACUUGACUUUAUAGUUUUGCUAUUGGAUUAAGGUAGCUUAAUUUAAUCUUUUUUAUGUACAAACUGUAUUUGCAUUUAAAGUGACAUGCCAGUCAUAACUUUGAUUUUGGGGUGAGAAUAUCUUUUUAACUAGGAUACCAUUUUUUUUUAUUUCACUUAGUGACCUUUAUCUCCACUGCCAUGAAACAGUCAAAAGUAAUAGAGGGGUUUAAACACCACCUGUGUGUAGGAAAUUUUGCGUUCACUUUAUUGUAUUUUUAGCACGUGGUGUUUGUCAUGUAGAUGGUACGAGCUAGUUCUGUGUAGUCUCAGGAGUGUCGUUUUGAACACAAGGAGGUGAAACUGCCCAACAAGCCAAAAAAAAAACAAUUAAAGACAGUCUGGAGGCCUCUUGCCAAGUAAGGUGCUGUGUUGCUGUGAGGUUGCCUCUGCCUCGGUAAACAUCCCUGAUUUGCAGUAAAGAGGGGUAAAGCACAUCCUAAACGAUCCAGCUGUAAACUCCCAUCUGUUAUCAUUCAUUCAAUCGCUGUACAUGUGAAUUUUGGUUUUAGUUUUUUCAAAUGUAUCAACUGAACAUCAGACCUUCUGUCUUAACUAGAGCUUGAGAUUUCCUGUCUUACAGUAAAAACUGUCUUUGCUCACUAGCAGUGCCACCAUGCUUCAGUGACUGUGGGAAUGUAAUGCUAAGCGCCAGCACAAUGCAAACACGCACAUGUUUAGAGCGGUCUGCGGUGACUCUGCCAUUAAAGUGUACAUCUGUGAGAGUCAUCAGUUAAAAACUUCAUGAGUAGUGCAAUACUUUUUUUUUUUUAAUUCACAAAACAUGUUAUAUAGCACUUUCAAAAAAGUUUUCCCAAUGUGCUCGAAGAUAAAUUACCAUGGCGGUAGGGUUGGCUUUUAGUGACUCUGUAGGCCGUCAUGUCAUGUUGGAAUAAUUUGAUGGUUAAAUUUAGUGAUGCUAUAAUAUAAAACAUGAAGUGGGACUUAAUGUAAACAUCUGCGUAUAGCUUCAUUGGUAAUUUUUGAAAACAGAGAUUAAUGUUAGAAGCUUAGCUGAAGAGAAGCAUGAACACAUCUGUGCCUACACCCUAUAAAGUCCCUCUUGGGCACCGAAUAUUUGUCUGUAGUUUAUUUUCCAAUUUUUUUUUAUUUUUUAUUGUGUUACAAGUUCUACAGACUGUGGUUGUGAUGCGUUCUUUCAUCUGGUCCAAGUAUCUUGCCAUUCUUAUAGAGUACAUGUAAAAAAAACUGAGUGUCUGUGUCAUAUGUUGCAUUCUGUCGCUGCCAGGUGAAAAUAAAAUAAAACCAUGUGUUCUUUACUACAGAAUUCAUAUUGAAUUUGCUUGUAGUGAAGCAUUUUUAAAUUCUGCCAUAUUCAUGCACUCUGAUUUAAGAAUUAUUUUUUCCUUUUCAAUGAUGGACGCAAAAUGUGCCCUAUUUUUAUUUUUCUAUUGUAUUCAACAACUGUUUUCAUACGGUUAUCCAGGAUAUACAGUUAUCUACAUUAAUUUUAUAUUUGUUCUAUUAUAACCUUAUUACUUUAUCAUUCGUAUGACUAUUGAAUCAAGCUAUACUGUAUUAAAUACAAACUGUCAACGUA